AAGGGAGAAACUGUACACCAUGUGACGGACAAAUUACCUGCCUCAAGAAAGCACUUACGACCAUUCUGUAGCCACUCAGUGACCUUGGCUAGAAACCAAUGGCUGUGCGGCGUGAGGUAAGAUGAAAGGAAAUACCCUGGGGAUCCAGGACUUAUGCAUUUGCUGAAACGUCCGCUUCCACUACAAGGCUUUGGGAUGUCUAGUCUGUAGACUGGAAGAACAUUAAUACUGACUCACGCAGAAACGAUAUAGCUACAUAUUGAACUGCGGGAAGGGGUGGCAAAACCCUCUGCAAACAGGAAGUGCCGCAAGAGCACCGAGAUAAGGACGAGGCCCUACGUGAGCGCAGCCUUCGGGUUUUCCUUGGGCCGAUCAGCACCGACUCCCCUGCUCUUGGCGAGGCGCGUCUAGCUCCCGGGAACGAGAAAUGUGCCCGCCGCAGCAGGGGCCCACAGGAAUGAAGGCCGCCGGCGCUGCGUAGGCCCAACAGUUCCCCGCGCCCUCGCCCCCGGCCCAGCCCGGCCCUUCUUCCCCCCGCCUCGGCAGAGUGGCCUCAUCAGGGGGCGAAGAACUCGACGAGCAUGAGGCCCGCAGAGCCCGUGUCGGAGAUGCGACUCUCGAAGUUGUCCGUGAGUUCUAGUACGUCGGCGGCAGCCGCGAGGCGGGCCGCGGCGAGAAGCAGCGCCACACCCGGGAACAGCGCUAGGCGGCGGAGGCGCAUGGCGGCGAGGUGGGGUGGGGGCGGCCAGAAGGGUCGCGGCUCGGCCGGGACUGCGGCGGUCGGACGCACGACCACAAACCGUCUGCCUGCGCUCGCGCGUCUGGCCCGUGCGGUCUUGCAGCCGGAGGUCCCAACCCCCAAGCCCGGCUCCGGCCGCUGUGUGGCAGCCGCUGAUUGGCUGCGCGGCGCCUUCGUCGGGCGGGCGGGACCAGCUGCAGACAUGGCCGCUUACCACCAAGAAGGGCAGAUGCAGCUGCCUCGAGCUGAUGCCAUUCGUUCACGUCUCAUCGAUACUUUCUCUCUCAUCGAGCAUUUGCAAGGCUUGAGCCAAGCUGUGCCGCGGCACACUAUCAGGGAGUUACUCGAUCCUUCCCGCCAGAAGAAACUUAUGUUGGGAGAUCAACACCAGCUAGUGCAUUUCUCUAUAAAGCCUCAACGUAUAGGGCAGAUUUCACAUGCCGAGAGGCUGUUGAGCAGGCUUCAUGUGCGCUGCAGUCAGAGGCCACCUCUUUCUUUGUGGGCCGGAUGGGUCCUUGAGUGUCCUCUCUUCAAAAACUUCAUCAUCUUCCUGGUCUUUUUGAAUGCGAUCGUACUGAUGGUUGAAAUAGAAUUGCUGGAAUCCACAAAUACCAAACUAUGGCCAUUGAAGCUGACCUUGGAGGUGGCAGCUUGGUUUAUCUUGCUUAUUUUCAUCCUGGAGAUCCUUCUUAAGUGGCUAUCCAACUUUUCCGUUUUCUGGAAGAGUGCCUGGAAUGUCUUUGACUUUGUUGUUACCAUGUUGUCCCUGCUUCCCGAGGUUGUGGUAUUGGUAGGGGUAACAGGCCAAUCGGUGUGGCUUCAGCUUCUGAGGAUCUGUCGGGUGCUGAGGUCUCUCAAACUCCUUGCACAAUUCCGUCAAAUUCGAGUUAUUAUUUUGGUCCUGGUCAGGGCCCUCAAGAGCAUGACCUUCCUCUUGAUGUUGCUGCUCAUCUUCUUCUACAUUUUUGCUGUGACUGGUGUCUACGUCUUCUCAGAGUACACCCGUUCCCCUCGUCAGGACCUGGAGUACCAUGUGUUCUUUUCGGACCUCCCGAAUUCCCUGGUAACAGUGUUCAUUCUCUUCACCUUGGAUCAUUGGUAUGCACUGCUUCAGGACGUCUGGAAGGUGCCUGAAGUCAGUCGCAUCUUCAGCAGCAUCUAUUUCAUCCUUUGGUUGUUGCUUGGCUCCAUUAUCUUUCGAAGUAUCAUAGUAGCCAUGAUGGUUACUAACUUUCAGAAUAUCAGGAAAGAGCUGAAUGAGGAGAUGACACGUCGGGAGUUUCAGCUCAAAGCUGACAUGUUCAAGCGGCAGAUCAUCCAGAGGAGAAAAUACAUGUCACGUGAAGCACUGAGGUCAAGCCAUAGCAAAAUAGAGGACAGUAGGUUGACUAGUGGCACCCGAAAUAAUAUGUUCAUGUCCUUACUCCCUGGAACCUGUGAAUGUGACCUUAUUUGGAAAAAAAAAAGAUCCUAAGUUAAGGAUCUUGAGAUGAGAUCAUCCUGGAUUAUCCAGGUAGGUCCUAAAUCCAAUGGCAAGGGUACUUAUAAGAGAUGAAAGAGGAGAAGACACAGAGAAUAGGAGAAGGCGAUGUGAAGAUGGAGAUAGAGGUUGGGGCUAAUGCCACCACAAGCCAAGGGAAGCUGAAGAAUGCCAGGCAGCUGCCAGAAGUAGAAGAGGCAAGGAACUUCUCCUCUAAAGCCUCCAGAGGGAGUAUGGCCCUGCCAACACCUUCAUUUCAGACUCUGGCCUCUAGAAUUGUGAGGGAAUAUAUUUCUGUCAUUUUAAGCUACCAUGUUUAUAGUAAUUUGUUAUGGCAGCCACAGGACACUAAUACAAAUACCUUCAAUGAAACAGAUAUGAUUCUAGACCCCAGGUGUUUUAGCAGUGAACAAAAAAAGCAGAAGCAGAAGUAAACUCAUUCACUCAUUAACAAAUAAUUACUGGCUAGAUGUGGUGGCUUAUACUUGUAAUCCCAACUGAGAGGCCAAAGCAAGAGGAUUGCUUGAAGUUCAAGCCAGAAGUUCAAGGCUGCAUUGAGACAUGAUUGCACCACUGUACUCCAGCCUGGGCAACACAGCAAUAUCCCAUCUCAAAAAUUUAGCAGGGGGGACGUGGUGGCUCAUGCCUGUAAUACCAGCAUUUUGGAAAACAGGUGGGCAGAUGACUUGAGCUCAGGAGUUGAAGAUUAAACUAGGCAAUAUGGCAAAAUCCUGUCUCUACGAACAAAAAUUAGCUGUAUGUGGUGGUGUGCUCCUGUGGUCCCAGCUACUUAGGAGGCUGAGGUGGGAGGAUUGGUGAGGCUGUGGUGACCAUGAUUGUGCCACUGCUCUACAGCCUGGGUGACAGAGUAAGACCCUGUCUCAAAUAAACAAACAAAAAGCAAUAAAGAACAAAUAAUUAUUGAAUACUUAGUAGGUGCUUGGGAUGUAUCAGUGAACAAAGUAGACAAUAAUGCCUGCUUCGUGGAGCUUACAUAUUAGUAGUGGUAAAGAGAUAAUAAGCAAAUUAAAUAAGUAAAUUAAUCUGUUAAAAUAUGAUAAGCAUUAUGGGAAAAUUAAAAGUACAACAGGUUAAGGGAGAUUGAGAGUAGAAGGUGGGAUUGCAGAUGGGUUGUAGUUUUGUUUUUUUUUUUUUUUUUUUUGAGACAGAGUCUCGCUCUGUCACCAGGCUGGAGUGCAGUGGCACGAUAUCGGCUCACUGCAGCCUCCACCUCCUGGGUUCAAGCGAUUCUCCUGCCUCAGCCUCCCAAGUAGCUGGGACUACAGGUGCCCGCCACCAUGCCUGGCUAAUUUAUUUAUUUUUUUUGUAUUUUAGUAGAGACGAGGUUUCACCAUGUUGCUCAGGCUGGUCUCAAACUCUUGAGCUCAGGCACUCCACCCGCCUCAGCCUCCCAAAGUGUUAGGAUUACAGGCGUGAGCCAUUGGGCCCAGCCACAGAUGGGUUGUAGUUUUAAACAGGGUAGUCACGGUGACCUCACUGAAAAGGUAAUGUGAGCAAAGACUUGAAGGAGGUAAGGGGAUUACCAUGUGGAUAUCUGUAAGAAGAGUGUUAAUAGGCAGAUGAAACAGCUAGUGCAAAGGUCCUAAGCUGGAAGCAUGCUUGGUGUGUUUGAGAAACAGCAAAGAGGCCAUUGUGACUGGAGUAGAGUGAGCAGGGGGAAGAGUGCUGGGAAAUGAAGUCAGAGAGAUAAUGGUGACCUGAUCCUGUAGGGUUAUGGGUGCCAUUGUAGGGACUUUGAAAUGGCAAGCAGAACAGAGGAGUGACAUGAAGUGACUUACGUUUAAGAAGGAUUACUCUGGUUGCUGUGUUGAUAGAAGAAAAAGGGAAGGAGCAGAGAGAUCAGUUGGGAGGCUAUGCUGCUGCCCAGGCAAGAAAUGAUGACAGCUUAGGCCAGAGUGGUGGCAGUGAGUUAGUGAGAAAAGAUAUAUUUCGAAGGUAGAGUCAGCAGGAUUUCUUGAUGGACUGAAUAUGGGAGGGAAGAGAAGAGUUAAGGAUGACACAUGAAUGAUUGAGGUUGGAAGUGUCUGAGUUUAGAGUUUGGGAGUAGUUUGGCCCUCAUUGUCUUAUGCCCCAGCUUUAGGGGGUGGCCAGGGGCAGAACCAGAAUAAUGAGUGGACUAGUCAUAUCUCGUAAAUGUUUGUGAAGCCAUAAAUUUCUCCUUUCUGUUCAAGAGGAGCUAGUCAACAAAGGGAAAGUUUGGACUUAUCAGAAGUGUCUGAAGUAGAGUCUAAUUAUGGUGCCACUGAAGAGGAUUUAAUAACAUCUGCAUCAAAAACAGAAGAGACCUUGUCAAAAAA